GUCUGGUCGGACAUAAAUCCGAACCCCCUCCCCCGCUCUUGUUCAGAGGGGAGGGAGUAAAGCAAACAGCGGUGGGCAUGGUGGGCCCAGGAGGAGCGCUCGCCGCGGCCCCGCGCCUCCUCGUGCUCGUGCUCCUCUCCUUCCUCGCCGGUGGAGCCCGCGCAUCCCCGGCCACAGACGCGCUGCGCCGCGUCUCCCCGCUCGCGGCCGCCGGCGGCCUCUGCCAGCAGCUGCUCCUGCCGCAGGGCUACCCGUGCACCGAGCACACCGUUCAAACGGAUGAUGGCUUCCUUUUGUCUCUUCAGCAUAUUCCACAUGGCAAAAAUGGAAUACCAGAUAAUGCUGGACCUCCAGUUUUUCUUCAGCAUGGUCUUUUUCAGGGUGGAGAUACAUGGUUCAUAAACUCCAAUGAACAAUCACUUGGAUAUAUCCUUGCUGAUAAUGGUUUUGAUGUUUGGAUUGGAAAUGUCCGUGGCACACGUUGGAGUAAAGGCCACUCUACUCUCUCUGUUCAUGAUAAGCUUUUCUGGGAAUGGAGUUGGCAAGACCUUGCUGAAUACGAUGUUUUGGCAAUGUUAAGCUAUGUAUAUACAAUUACACAGUCCAAAAUUUCAUAUGUGGGACAUUCACAGGGAACUAUCAUGGGUCUGGCUGCGUUUACAAUGCCUGAAAUAGUAAAAAUGAUAAGCUCUGCUGUGCUUCUUUGUCCCAUUUCUUACCUUGAUCACAUCAGUGCUAGUUUUGUUCUUAGAGCAGUUGCCAUGCAUCUUGACCAGAUGCUUGUUGCUAUGGGCAUCCAUCAGUUGAACUUCCGGAGUGAUAUGGGUGUCCAGAUUUUAGAUUCGCUGUGUGAUGAUGAACAUUUGGACUGCAACGAUCUGUUAUCUUCAAUAACAGGUACUGCUACGUCGCCUGUCGCCCGUGACACCUCGGGGCCUCUACCCUGCCCGGGUCCCGAGGUGCCACCUUCCGGCCCGGCCCCUGCGCCUGACGCGGGUCCCGGGUCGGCACCUUCGCCACCGGUACGCUUCGCCCAGCCGGUGCGUGUCUACCAGCGACGUGCUCCCGACGUGGGCACCGGGCCGGCGUCUCCGACUCCGGCCCCACUGGCACGUUACGCCCAGCCGGUGCGCGUCUACCAGCGACGUGCCCGGCUGGCGCCGCUGCCUCCGGCGGCGCCGGUGGCCCCCUCUCCGCCGGGGUCACCUGCGCCACCGGCGACGUCUUCUCCGCCGGCGACACCGACCCCGCCGCCGCGGCAUCCAGCUACUCGGGCCGCGACGCCGGUGUACCACCCACCGCUCCUUCACCGACACCCGCGUCAUGUUCACCCGAUGGUGACGCGACACGCGGCUGGGACCCUGCAGCCCCGGGCUCUUGCGGCGAUGCCCGGGGACUCGCAGGUCUCACCGGUACCCUCUUCCGUCCGCGAGGCCUUGCUGGACCCUCACUGGCGCCGCGCGAUGGAAGAGGAGUACGCGGCCCUCCUCGCCAACCAGACAUGGGAUCUGGUGCCACGACCGCCGGGCUCCAACAUCGUCACCGGCAAGUGGAUCUGGACCCACAAGCGCCGGGCUGACGGCACCCUUGAGCGGUACAAGGCUCGCUGGGUUCUCCGGGGCUUCACUCAGCGGCCCGGUGUCGACUACGACGAGACCUUCAGCCCGGUGGUGAAGCCGGCCACCGUCCGCACGGUGCUCUCACUGGCUCUCACGCGCGGGUGGCCCGUGCAUCAGCUGGACGUCAAGAAUGCCUUCCUGCAUGGCGUUCUUACUGAGACAGUCUACUGCAGUCAGCCGGCGGGAUUUGUUGACUCUGCUUGUCCUGACAUGGUGUGUCGGCUCAACAAGUCUCUCUACGGCCUCAAGCAGGCCCCCCGGGCGUGGAACCAUCGGUUUGCUGCUUUUCUACAGACUCUGGGGUUUGUGGAGGCCAAGUCAGAUACCUCUCUGUUCAUCUAUCACUAUGGGACUGAGACUGCUUAUCUGCUGCUCUAUGUUGAUGACAUUGUCCUCACAGCCUCCACUGAGUCACUCCUUCGGCGGAUCAUCGCCUCUCUUCAGCAGGAGUUUGCCAUGAAGGAUCUGGGUGCUCUACAUCACUUCCUCGGGGUCACUGUUCAGCCUCACCCUGCUGGAUUACUCCUUCACCAGCGGCAGUACACUCUUGAUAUCCUGGAGAGAGCUGGGAUGACUGACUGCAAGCCCUGCUCCACUCCAGUUGACACACAGGGCAAGAUCUCAGAGGCUGAGGGUAUACCAGUGACAGAUCCUACUGCAUAUCGGAGUCUUGCCGGGGCACUUCAGUACCUCACCUUCACCCGGCCGGAUAUCACCUAUGCAGUUCAGCAGAUCUGCCUUCAUAUGCAUGAUCCCAGGGAGCCACACCUCACCGCUCUCAAGCGGAUCCUACGGUACCUCCGCGGCACAGUCGACUUCGGUCUUCUCCUUCACCGACGGUCGCCCUCCACCGAGCUCGUCGUCUACACCGACGCCGACUGGGCCGGGUACCCGGACACCCGCCGCUCCACCUCUGGCUACGCCGUCUUCUUAGGCGGCAACCUGGUGUCUUGGUCGUCCAAGCGCCAGCCGGUCGUCUCCCGCUCCAGUGCCGAGGCGGAGUACCGUGCUGUCGCCAACGGCGUGGCCGAGGCUUCCUGGCUCCGUCAGCUCCUCGCCGAGCUCCACAGCCCUCUCUCCCGGAGCGCACUGGUCUACUGCGACAACGUCAGUGCGGUGUACCUCUCCACCAACCCUGUGCAGCACCAGAGGACCAAGCACGUGGAGAUUGAUCUACACUUCGUCCGGGACCGGGUCGCUGUCGGCGAUGUUCGGGUCCUCCACGUCCCGACCACCUCCCAGUUCGCCGACAUCUUCACCAAGGGUCUCCCGUCCUCGACCUUCACCGAGUUCCGCACCAGCCUCAACAUCACCAGUGGCUAGUUGUGUCUGUGGGGGGCUCGUGUGUUGUACUUCUUUUCUUUCGUGUCCAGUCUGUAAACUCCGCUGCGACGGUAGUUCAGACUGCGGGGGGAUGUUAGAGUAUAUGUGUAUGAGGCCCAUGAGGCUAGGCCCAUGAGGCCCAUGUAUCCAUAAUUAUAUGGCCACCCUGGUUUAGGGUGAGCCCAUUAAUGAAACCCUAAUUCUAACACAAAGAUACAUAGCUCUCCUAUGUCUUUGAGGAAAAAAAAGAUGAGAUGUCCAUGGUUCAAAUCUGAGUGUCAGAGUGAACUCUGAAUUUUGUAUUGAUCGAGGGGCCUGCUGUCUAUGUUUAAAUAACUAUCCACACUACAAUGUUAACCAAUAAAUCAAGAAACUAGAACAUCAUAUGCUAUGACGUACAGUAAAAGGAACAAAAAAGGUAUUAGCAUAACCUGUCUGUGAAUUCUAUCAUUCUAUGAAAGACACCAUUAUGAUGUUUUGCAGCAUCACAUAAAUUCCAAUAAUUUUUAUGGCAUUCAAAGCUAUACUUGUUACCAUUCCUGUUUCCAUAGUAAUGUAUUGAUAAACCUCCGCGUUUAGUGGAAACAUGGGGCUGUUUAGGACUCCAUAUUUUUUAGCCAAAUAAGUUUAGCAAACUCUACUCUAGAAAAAAAAAGGUGGAGUUGUGAGAGCACCUAAAGGGGUGCUCCACAAACUCCAGGUUUUUUGUGGAGCUGCUCCACGAUGGAGUUUGUGGAGCAGUCCCAACACUCCCUAAGUUUCUAGAGGCAUGCUGAAGGGGUGAUGUAAACAAGGAAGUGCUUGAUAACCUCUGUAAUAGAGGUAUUGUUAUAUGCUGUACUGCAAUGAAUGAGGAGUGAACCCUGAAUUCUGCCAAUUUGCUCUGCUUUAUGAUCCAUGCUUAAAUGGUACACUACUUUAUACUCCUAUUUCAAAAGAUGGGCUGCAUGUGUAAGGUGUUUCCCAACCUAUUCAUUUGCAGCUGCACUGGUAUGUAGGUACAUGCAUGAAUGCAUGAUGCAUGCAUGAUUCUGAACUUGACCAGUCUGUGUGUUUUGUUGACGGCAAAUGCACAAAACCACAAACCAAUGUUUUCAAGGCGGUAAGGCGAGGCGUGGCGAGUGACUACCGCCUUACGCUUAGGCGACUAAAGCGUGAGGCGAGGCGACGCCUUAUGAAUUUAAUAAAAACUUAAACAGCAGCUUAGAGCAGUAGUUGAUGAAGAAAAAAAGAAAAAGAAAGGAGGAGUAAGAAGUGGACUGGCCUAGCCCACCAGGCGGCCCAUGUGCGCCUCCCCCUCAUAGCGUGGCUUAGAAAUUCCUCUAUCAAAUCCCCUCCAGCGCUGCUCCUCUCUAGUUCUCCACCGCUCGUCCUCCACAGCUCAUCUCUCCACGGCUCCGUGGCUUCUCCCCUCUCUCUCCAGUGCCCUGCUCUGCUCCCCUCCCUCUCUCUCUCCCUAUGCACUGCGGGCUGCUCUGCUCCCCUCCCUCACUGCUCCUCUUCCAGAUCUACAGCCGCCGCCAUCCCCUUUCAGAUCGAGCAGACUACGGUGAGUAGAUGGCGGAAUCGAGCAGACGGCGACGAGGAGAUGGCGGAAUCGAGGGGGGCGUUAGCACGCGCAUAAGGCGGCAAGGCGCCGCCUUACCCCUAAGGCGAGCCGGGAGUGCCCCGACGCUUAAGCGUCAAUUAGGCGACGACACUGCCACAAACAUCCUUUCACCUUAGCUUCACCUUUUGAUAAAUUCUACGUGUGUAGUUGCAUAAAAGUUGGGUCCAGAACUCCAGAUCAUCCAGGCAGUUCAAAGGCAGACUUUUAGCCUAUGGCCUUUCAACUUAGUUAAACUGCAUCUUCCUGUUUUCCUCCCUGUUUUCUCCCUAAAAUGUUAUCUUAAUGUCCUCUCAAACUUUCACCUCUAGUUAGUAGUUACUUGUCAUGGAGCCAUGCAACUUUACAUACUGCAUAACAAGCAAAUAAUCUACUUCAUAGACACAUGAGAUGGGAUACAUCAUACAAUUUAAAGCUUGUACAACUGUGUGGUCUGUGUGGUGAAGUUGAAGUACUUCAGCAUAGUGUCAGCUUGUCAGGCACACUUCUUGUUGUAUUUUUGACUUUGCACACAAAGAACAACCAAGCGUACUUCAGGAAGGCUGGUGGUAGAGAAGGAGCAAUAUAUUUCGUUUCUUAGGAAGGGGGGCUGUGCUUUAAGCAGCUGGCAGCAUUUUUUGCUGAACAGCUACUACGCAUGUGGACCUUGCAGGUAUAUGGCAUUUCAGGGCAAGUAGCUAGUUUACAGAGCAAAACAUAGAGUUAAUUUCCUAGUAAGCUUGCUCAUCAGUAUGAUAGAACAAAUGACUAAUUUUGGAUAGUUCGCUUAAUUUGCACCAUAACUUGGCCGCAUACUUUCAUGAUUUCAUAUGAAAACUUGUCUUUAUUUUGGUCCAAAUAUCAAAUAGAUAUUUCUACAAACAAUAAGCUCCUGGCCAUAUUAGAAAUCUGCAAAUGUUGUUCGAGUUGUAUGGCACAAUAGAUGAAAAUUUACUUUUCUUUUUCAGCAUUUCUUAUAUGGUGUCACAUGGAUUAACUUAUCAAUGUUUCUCUAUUGAAAAGCUACUAUAAUAUUAUUGCCCAUGCAAAAGCCCAAAUUGAUCACAUCAGAUAGAUAAAUGAUGAAUUAAUAGAUUAUAACAUUUUCAUGUCCUGGCUUAUGUGUUGUGGUUAGUAUAUAGUAUAAUUUACACCUUAC